GGCGGCACAGCGGGCAGGAAGCGCCGGGCAACGGCCUCUGCGAGCCGGCGGGAGACUCGCCGGCGACCAGCUCCCGGGCCCGGGCCGCCGCGGGUGAAGGCCGAGCCGGGCCCGCCGCCCGCCUUGCCUUCGGCGCGGGGCGACCGCGGGGCCGCGGGCAGCCGAGGGACGCGCUGGGCAAGUUCACGGCCAGGGUGGCACCGGCGGGGUGGCGCUGGCCCAGGCCGCAGUGGCGACCGUGGGGCCCUGAAGCCGCGUGGAUCUCAGCGGAAGGCUGCGGGCGGCCGCGUUUCUUUGCUGCGUGGCGGGGAUCAGGAGUUAGGGAGCACAAGCCCUGAUCUUGCAGGGCCGCUGGAGGCUCAGGAAAGCCACAGCUGAAGAGCCCAGGACUCUUUGCUGAGUUUGCUGGCAGCCAAGCCAAAGGGACACCUGAUGACAGCAGUUCACCAGGAGAAAGACGCGUGUGAUACCUCAGGGGGAAGCAGGAUCAGAGGUGGUCGCUGAGGCUCCUGGGCCCUGGCUGCCCUACCAUGAGAUGGGGCCACCAUUUGCCCAGGGCCUCCUGGGGCCCUGGACUGGGAAGAGUGCUCCAACCGGCAGAUGAAAAGAGCCCUUUCCUGGUCCGCUGGCAUUGGCUCUUCAGAGGGGAGGAGAGUCCUCUUGGGACCCGCAGGGCUUCUGUUCGCCACUAUGGAAACUCAGCGGAUACUGGUCCCCCCAUGGGGAGGCAAGGACAGUUGUUCCGGAGCGUUGCUGCAACGGAAGCCAUCCAGCAGCAUCGCAGGAACCUAAUCGACUGGUUCAGCCGGCUGCCCAGGGAAGAGCGCCAGUUCGGCCCCACGUUUGCGCUGGACACAGUCCACGUGGACCCCGUGAUCCGCGAGAGCGCCCCCGAUGAGCUGCUUCGCCCGCCUGCAGAACUGUCCCUGGACCGUCAGCCACCCUCUACUGGCCUCCCCCCAUUGGCACUCUCCCAGCUGUUUGACCCUGAUGCCUGCGGGCACCGCGUGCAGACGGUGGUGCUCUAUGGGACAGUGGGCACCGGCAAGAGCACGCUGGUGCGCAAGAUGGUCCUGGACUGGUGCUACGGGCGGCUGCCCGCCUUCGAGCUGCUCAUCCCCUUCUCCUGCGAGGACCUGUCAUCCCUGGGGCCUGCCCCCAUCUCUUUGUGCCACCUGGUGGCCCAGCGCUACACGCCCCUCAAGGAGAUUCUGCCGCUCAUGUCGGCUGCCGGGUCCCGCCUGCUCUUCGUGCUCCACGGCCUGGAACGGCUCAACCUCGACUUCCGGCUGGCGGGCACCGGGCUGUGCAGCGACCCCAAGGAGCCGAUGCCACCAGCAGCCAUUGUCGUCAACCUACUGCGCAAGUACAUGUUGCCUGAGGCCAGCAUCCUGGUGACCACCCGGCCCUCUGCUGUCGCUGGCAUCCCCAGCAAGUACGUGGGCCGCUACGGGGAGAUCUGCGGCUUCUCCGACACCAACCUGCAGAAGCUCUACUUCCAGCUCCGUCUCAACCAGCCCGACUGCGGCUACGGCGCGGGGGGCGCAGGGGUCUCCCCCUCGCCGGUGCAGCGCGACACACUGGUGCAGAUGCUGUCGCGGAACCUGGAGGGCCACCACCAGAUCGCCGCUGCCUGCUUCCUGCCCUCCUACUGCUGGCUGGUCUGCGCCACCUUGCACUUCCUGCACGCGCCCACGCCGGCCGGCCAGACCCUCACAAGCAUCUACACCAGCUUCCUGCGCCUCAACUUUAGCGGGGAGAUGCUGGACAGCACUGACCCCGCCAAGCUGUCCCUGAUGGCCUAUGCCGCCCGGACCAUGGGGAAGCUGGCCUACGAGGGGGUGUCCUCCCGGAAGACCUACUUCUCCGAGGAGGACGUGCGGGGCUGUCUGGAGGCGGGUAUCAGGACAGAGGAAGAAUUCCAGUUGCUGCACGUCUUUCGCCGCGAUGCCCUGAGGUUCUUCCUGACCCCGUGUGUGGAGCCAGGCCACCGGGGCACCUUCGUGUUCACCGUGCCCUCCAUGCAGGAGUACCUGGCUGCCCUCUACAUUGUCCUGGGCUUGCGGAAGACGACUCUGGAGCGCGUGGGUAAGGAGGUGGCUGAUUUUGCGGGCCGUGUUGGCGAGGACGUUAGCCUGGUCCUGGGCGUCGUGGCCAAGCUGCUGCCCCUACGGAUCCUGCCGCUGGUCUUUAAUCUGCUCAAGGUGGUCCCCACAGUGUUUGGGCGCGUGGUGGGUAAGAGCCGGGAGGCCGUGGCCCAGGCCAUGGUGCUGGAGAUGUUCCGAGAGGAAGACUUCUACAACGAAGACGUCCUGGAACAGAUGGACGCCAGCAUCCUGGGUGUGGAGGGCCCUCGGCGCCACCCCGAUGAGCCCCCCGAUGAUGAGGUCUUCGAGCUCUUUCCCAUGUUCGUGGGGGGGCUUCUCUCGGCCCCCAACAGGGCGGUGCUGGCGCAGCUGGGCUGCCGCAUCAGGCACCAGGAGGCGCUGGAGAACACGCAGGCCAUCAAGAAGCGGCUGGGGAAGGCGGGCCGCCGGGUGCUGCCGCCCACAGAGCUCAUGGACAACCUGUUCUUCCACUACGAGUUCCAGAACCAGCGCUUCUCGGCCGAGGUGCUGGGCUCCCUGCGCUGGCUCAACCUGGCUGGCUUGCGCAUGACGCCCCUCAAGUGCACCGUGGUGGCCACCGUGCUGGGCAGUGGGAGACACGCCCUGGACGAGGUGAACUUGGCCUCCUGCCAGCUGGACCCUGCCGGGCUGCGCACGCUCAUGCCGGUCCUCCUGCGUGCCCGGAAGCUGGGCUUGCAGCUCAACAGCCUGGGCCCCGAGGCUUGCAGAGAUCUCCAGGACCUGUUACUUCAUGACCAGUGUCAGAUCACCUCCCUGCGGCUGUCCAACAACCCGCUGACAGCGGAGGGCGCGGAGCUGCUGCUCGAGGGGCUGGCGGGAAACCGCUCCCUCACUCACCUCUCCCUGCUGCACACGGACCUCGGCGACGAGGGCCUGGAGCUGCUUGCGGCCCAGCUACACCGGAACCAGGGACUGCAGGAGCUGAACGUGGCCUACAACGGCGCCGGCGACACGGCGGCCCUGGCGCUGGCCCAGGCUGCCCGCAGCCACCCUUCCCUACAGCUGCUGCACCUCUACUUCAAUGAGCUGAGCUCCGAGGGCCGCCGGGUCCUGCGGGAUCUGGCCGGCAGCCCCGAAGGCGGAGCGCGGGUGGUGGUGUCGCUGACGGAGGGGACGGCCGUGUCCGAGUACUGGUCGGUGAUCCUCAGCGAAGUCCAGCGGAACCUCAACAGCUGGGACCGGGGCCGCGUGCAGCGGCACCUGGAGCUGCUGCUGCAGGAUUUGGAAGACAGCCGGGGCGCCACGCUGAACCCCUUGCGCAAGGCCCAGCUGCUGCGCGUGGAGAGCGAGUUCCGGGCACUCCUGGAGCAGCUGGCAGGUCGUGGCACCUGAGUUGACGACGGCUGACACCUCGCCGCGCGACCCCUCCUGCUCCAGCCCUGUGCUCCCGCCGCCUCCGGCUUGUACUGGAGGGAAAGGAAAGGGCAUUUAUAAACAAUGCUGCCGUUCCCGGCCCGGGGCACGUCGGACCAGUGCCGGACAGCCCGGUCGGGUUCGUCCAGGGUCACGGAACAUGCCCCUCCCUUAUGCUCCAGGGAGCGAAGGAUGUGGCGCUUUAGCGACCAAAUCGUCGCGCAGCCCCAGUCCCAGCCUCGCCCCACCCUCCCAUCUGGAGCUCCUGAUCGCACCGCCAGGGGGCGCGCGUCUCCCGCCCGCAGUGCCGGAAGUGUGGCCAAGCGCACACCCCAGGAUGGCAUUCUCCUCACUUUGGUGCUCUCCCCUCGCCCCAACCCCCCUUCACCACAGUGGUACUUAGGCUCUGUGCCCCAAGGGGCACUUACACUGAUUGUCUCCAAUAAAACCUGGCCUCUUUAAAUAAAAACCGACUGGGUCACUUGCCU